AUGCCUAGGAAGCUCCCAGUGACCUACCGCACUGAUGCCUCCGACUUCGACGCGUAUGAACGGAUUUCAGUGCUUCAAGAUGUCGUCUCGCAGGGAAGCCCCAACGUCACUGCCGUGAUCCUCAACUGGUCUCGCUUCCCGAACGUCAUGCUCAUCACUUCCCUCUUGUGCGGACCCUGGCUCCAAGGAACAAUUGCCGAGGUGUUCAUUUGGAACAACAACCCGAGGAGGCUCACUUACGAAGAUAUGAAGAACACGGGAUGUCCUAAGUCGAAGUUGCGGAUUCAUAACGCUCCUGCAAACUCGCUCUUUCAGGGGCGAUUCCUCGCUUGCGCUCAAGCCAACACACCCUACUGCUUCAUCCAGGACGACGACUACCUCAUCCGCCCGGAGAUCAUUCAAUCCCUCCAAGCCCGUAUUUCCGAACCCGAUGCUUCCCGGGCCAUACACCUGUUGCCGCCACACGAGCAUCUCUCGACGACGUUACGGGAGACACAUGUUUCAAGAUCUCCCGAUCGGGAAGUCUCGGACAUCCACACGUCGUUCGCCUGGCUAGGCCAUGGUACGAUGUUGCGUCGAUCAGAGGCGCAGGGUUUCCUCAAUCUCUUACGGCACUUGGAUGCGCCCGCUGAUGACGUGCAUAUGGCCGACAACUUCUUCACAAUAUUGAGCAAUCGGGUCCCGGAAGUCUGGUUUGACCAAGGUUUCGAACUCGGCGGUGGUCAGCCCUUCACUGUGGGAUCCGAAGGCGAUGAGCGCAAUAAGAAGUAUAUUGUUGGUGCUAUUCCCGCCUCUCAUCACGUCACUCAAGCUCAUGCAUCCCCACGAAGCUCCGGGCAACGCGCUACCUGGAAUCACUGGUGCGGUGCGGACGCGCCACGUCCACCGCGACCCUGGACCCGCGCUGCGUGCCGCGGGUCGGCAUGCGUUCUCGAGACCAACAUACGCACACUUCCGAAAGAGAUCUCUCACACUGCCGCCGACGUAUCGGGAAUGUUGACUAUGGAAGUCAAGAAUGCGCAAGCACUCGGUGAUGCUGGGAAACACAAUUACCAGGAACACGCUCCCUCCAAUGCUGUGGACGCGAAGAUCAGUACCACAUUCCGCAGCCUGAAUGAUGCAACGAAGGGGGACGCGGUGACCCUGGAUGUUCUCACCGACAUCAGCGAAGCACGAGAAUGGACUGCAGUUGAGCUCGUGUUGUUGAUUGAUUCCGCAACGGAGACCUUCUUGACUGCGUGCUCGUUCGGAUGGUCUUCUGACAAUGUCACUUGGCAUGCCGUUUCUCACCCCCCUAUCUGCUAUGAUACCACGCAUGAGGCAGCGGUCGAUGGCGUACAAGUUCCAUUGCGAGAGUGCAGCGUGCAAGUGCUUCUUGGGUCAAAUGAACUUCAUCUCAGAGCAACCGGUAGAUUUUUUCGGGUACAGCUUGGGGAAGAUAGACAACAUAAGUGGUUGAUCUCCGAGGUCUGGCUUCGGGGAAUCUAG